AUGAUGGACAGAGUGUAUCGAGAUCCGACUAGCACUCCUCUGGACAUACCAGAGAGCAUAUUAAGAAAACUGCUUGAAGCUUGCACGAAAGAGGCACCCUUCUUAAGUCCUGACGGACACAUGUAUAAGCAAGUGGACGGCGUCGCCAUGGGCUCCCCGCUGGGUGUCUUGUUCGCGAACUUUUACAUGGGUACUAUUGAGCAGAGAGUUCUGGUCGGGUUAGACCUAAAACCCGCCAUCUACUGCAGGUAUGUCGACGACAUAUUUGUACAAGUCCCGGAUACCGAACGACUGUUGCAGUUGAAGGAAGCUUUCGAGCAAAACUCAGUUUUAAACUUCACUUAUGAGAUGGAGAGUGGGGGUAAGCUGCCCUUCUUAGAUGUAGCAGUCAUGGAAAGGAACGGCAGCUUUCAUCAUGCAGUAUAUACUAAGGAGACAAACAUAGGGAUGUGCCUUAACGCUGACAGCGACUGCCCGGAGAGAUACAAACGGAGUGUUGUGAACGCUUACGUCGACCGAGCUCUCACUCACAGCUCUGGGUGGAAGCAGGUGGAUGAGGAGUUAUGUAGAAUAAGGCAGAUUUUGGUCAACAAUGGUUUCUCCAAUGGUUAUGUCGAAGAUAUAAUAAAAAGGAAGGUGGCGAGGUGUGCAACAGGCAACGGAACAACUAAUACCGCAAUACCCGUACUUCCAAUAAAAUUGUUCUACAGAAACUUCUUCUCCACGGCCUACAAAGCAGAGGAAAGAGCCCUAAAAGAGAUCAUUGAGAGGAACGUUACCCCAACUGACGUCAACCAAAAGAUAAAACUAACAAUAUAUUAUAAGAGUAGGAAAACCGCCAACCUGCUAAUGAAGAAUUCUCCCCCAACACCAAGAAAAACAACACCUUGA